AUGGCCAUCAUAUUAUAUUUGCAAGUAAGCAGCGGCGGCGGCGUCCAUGUCGGCGCGCGCUGGAUUUGCUUCUCGUCCUUCUUUCCCUUCCCUUCGUGUUGAUGUUGCUUUCUUUCACCCGUGUCCCCUCUCCCUUCAAGUAUUUAGUCGCGAUUAACAUAUUCUUCGUCUUCAUCCCGCGCCACAUCAACCUCCAGAUCCCGCUCCCCUGUUAGGUCGCCCUAGGGUUUCUCGACCCCAUCUCAAAGGAGCCUCGGUCGCACCGUCGGGGGAGUGUGUGUAGCUGUGGUCGAAGCCAGCUUCGGGCCAUCAGGCGCUUCCCCUCUCGCCGCUGGUUUCUUAAGAAUUUCUCUUCACAGCCCCUCACUAUGUCGGACACCGGAGCCCCUGGCGGCGCUGCAGCCAGCAAAAUCACCGAUGAAUCAAUCUCGGUGAGUGCGGACGACCUCGCCGGAGUGGCGAAUGUCCAGAACGUUCUGAAUGGGAACUCAUCCGGAUUCGUAGCGACACUCCCUGCUCAGGUCCAGGCUAGGGUGAAGGUCCUUCAAGAAAUUCAGUCCGAGCAUGAUAAACUUGAAGCCAAAUUUCACGAGGAGAGAGCUGCUCUUGAAGCUAAGUACCAGAAGUUGUAUGAACCUCUGUAUGCCAAGAGAUCGGAUAUCGUUAAUGGUGUUGUAGAUGUUGAGGCUCCCAAGGGUGAAGCUCCAGAAGCAACACCUGCUUCUGAGGAGGGAGCUGAAACAGUGAAAGGAGUACCAGAGUUCUGGCUCAUGGCGAUGAAGACGAACGACAUAGUCAACAUGCAGAUUACCGAACGCGAUGAGGCCGCCCUGAAACACUUGAAGGAUAUUAAAUCUAGCAAUCUCGAGGAGAACAAGGGAUUUAAACUUGACUUCUAUUUUGAGGAGAAUCCUUUUUUCAAAAACACCGUGUUGAGCAAAACGUACCACAUGCUUGACGACGAUGAACCAAUUUUGGAACGCGCAGUGGGAACCGAGAUCGAGUGGACUUCCGGGAAGAAUCUGACUCAGAAGGUCAUGAAGAAAAAGCCCAAGAAAGGAGCGAAGAAUACUAAGCCAGUCACUAAAACUGAGCCGUGUGAGAGCUUCUUCAACUUUUUUAGCCCACCGCAAGUUCCUGAGGAUGACGACAUUGAUCAAGACACCGCAGAGGCUCUACAAGAUUCUAUGGAGCAGGACUAUGAUAUUGGAUCCACUAUUAGGGAUAAAAUUAUUCCUCAUGCUGUAUCAUGGUUCACUGGAGACGCCCUUGAAGGCGAGUUUGAAGAUGAUGAUGAUGACGAGGAGGAUGACGAAGACGUUGAGGAUGAGGAAGAUGAUGAAGAUGAGGAGGACGAUGACGAUGAGGACGAGGAAGAAGAGACUGUGGCCCCCGUAAAGAAGGGUCGUGCACCAAAGGCAGCUGGUGGGAAGCAACAAGGUGAUGAACCACCAGAAUGCAAGCAGCAGUAAUUUCAAUCUGUUCUCAAAUCGGCGCUUGUUUUCAUUAAAACAUGACUUAUACACAUCUCCUGUCUUUUCUUAAAAGCAUACUGCUUUUAUGUAGUCAAACGUAGGGAAUGUUAACAUUCACCUUCUGGAAGUUAUCGCAGAAACAACUCAGUUCAAGUAGCAUUGACUAUUUAUAGAGAACCUGUAACCACGUCUGAAAUUUUAAAUCACAACACAUCCUUUGUCAUUUCUUGCCACAA